AUGUCUGGGGCUGGAGGAAAGUCCAAGAACCAGACGGGCUCUUCACAAAAAGUCAAAACAACAAUCACCUGGCAAAGUCAAACAACCAAAGCAGAGGCGCAGGAGAAAGGCAAAAUGAGAGCUGCAGGGACGGUGGACAUAGACGAAGAAGAUCAAGAGGUCGGUGAUGCGGAGAAAGGGAGGGAAUACCUUGAAGCAAAGCUGCUGUUUGUCUCAGCUGGGGACCCCCUCACGCUGUACAGGCUCGCCAUGUCCCUCUUUCAGAUAGCAGCCCUACCAGGCACCAGUCAGCCUGUCGUCAAUGCAGUCCACGCGGUUGCAUAUAGUGUUUGA